AUGCCACAAGAUACAGAGACAAUGUAUUCUGGACGUGUUGUGAAUAAGGUUUAUAACCAAGAUUUCAUCAUUGAUAGAAGAUUCAAGAUAGUGAAAGAAUUAGGGCAUGGGGCUUAUGGAAUCGUAUGUUCGGCCAAGUAUGACGAUGGAUCUGAUAAUGAAGAUGGAAGCUAUGUAGCUAUUAAGAAGAUCACCAAUAUUUUCAGCAAGAAAAUAUUGUGUAAGAGAUCUUUGAGAGAAUUGAAAUUGCUACAAUUCUUCAGAGGACACAAGAAUAUUACAUGUCUAUAUGAUUUGGAUAUUAUUCCUAAUCCAAUAACCGGAGAAUUCAACGAAAUAUAUCUUUAUGAAGAAUUAAUGGAAUGUGACAUGCAUCAAAUCAUUAGAUCAGGUCAACACUUAACGGAUUCGCAUUAUCAAUCAUUCAUUUAUCAGACAUUGUGUGGUUUAAAGUAUAUUCAUAGUGCUGACGUCUUGCAUCGUGAUUUAAAACCAGGCAAUUUAUUAGUUAACGCUGAUUGUGAAUUGAAGAUUUGUGAUUUUGGAUUAGCAAGGGGGUUCCUGGAAUGUCCUGAGCAGAAUGUUGGGUUCAUGACUGAAUAUGUAGCAACUAGGUGGUACAGAGCUCCUGAGAUCAUGUUGAGUUUUACAAAUUAUACUAAAGCAAUUGAUAUCUGGUCAGUUGGUUGUAUAUUGGCCGAAUUAUUAGGAGGGAAACCAAUUUUCAGAGGUAAGGAUUAUGUUGAUCAAUUGAAUCAAAUUUUACUUAUUUUAGGAACCCCGAAGGAAUCAACAUUAACUAAGAUUGGAUCUGUCAGAGCUCAGAAUUAUGUGAGAUCCUUACCGUUUAUGCGAAAGGUUCAUUAUUCUGAAUUGUUUCCAACUGCAAAUCCGUUGGCUCUAGAUUUAUUGGAAAAAAUGCUCACUUUAGAUCCGUAUGAAAGAAUUACCGUUGAAGAAGCGUUAAACCAUCCAUAUUUAUCUGUUUGGCAUGAUCCACAAGAUGAACCAGAGUGUCAAAUAAAAUUUGAUUUCAAGUCGUUUGAAACUGUCGAUGAUAUGAAGUCAAUGAAAAAUCUUAUAAUUGAUGAGGUCAAGAAUUUUAGAGAUUUUGUCAGAAAACCAUUACAAGAACAACAGCAAAUUCAACUACAAAUGCAGAUACAGCAACAGGAAAGAGAGAAACAAAAAAAUGAUUCCAUGGAUUUAUCAACUCCAAUAAAUCAGCAACAAUUUAAUGAAAUGUUAAGUUCAAGUUCUAACUCUAACUCCAAUUCAAAUUCAAACCCAGAGACGGGGGUUAAUACAGACACUCCAAAGAUGACGAAUGAUAAUGACUUGCAGUAUUAUCAAUCUAUUCCAAAACCACAGGAACUUGAUGAAUUUACAUUUUCACAUAAUAGUAAGGGCUUAUCUCCGACAGAUAAUAAUGACAAUCAUACUGAUUUAUUUAGAUUGGAAGAAGAACUAGGGUUUGGCUUAGAUGGUGCUGGGAUGUUCAAUAAUAUUUAA